GUGGAAAUUUACCUCACCACAACAAGGCAACUGUAACAGACCAUCUGUUGAGAUAUGGUUUCAUGGAUGCAUAUUCUGUGUGGUGGGCACGUGGUGAAACCUUAAGUAACAAUGUUGAUCCAUGGUUAGCUACAAGUGAUGUGGCAUCCUCAAGUAAUAUUCAGGAACAUGUUAAUAUUGAGGAACAUGUUAAUGCUGAGGAUGAUAUCCAUCACAUGGUUUAUGAUGCAUUCUGUCCAUCUGAAAACGAUCACCCUGAAAAUGUUGGGGAUGCGCCAAAUAGACAUGCACAAUCUUUUUAUGACUUGUUGCAUGCUUCAACCAUCCCACUUGGACCAUCAUCUAAUAAUCAAACAUUGCUUGGAUGGUUAUCAUAUAUGCUGCACUGCAAAGCCAAAAACAACAUAACUGGUGUUGGUUACAAUGACAUCAUUCAGGGCUGUAGGCAAUUGUUAAGUCCAGAAGAUCAGCAAAAAUAUGGUGAUGAGGCAAAGUCACUUACUGCUUGUCCAGUUUGUGGUGAACCUAGGUAUAAAAAAUGCAACUCGGUUCAAACUCAAAAAAAGGGUAGGCCCAGGAAUUCUUUGUGGUAUCUACCUAUUAUUCCACACCUACAGAGGCUGUACAUGUCUCGUAAAACUGCUGAGCAUAUGACAUGGCACUUUAAAUGUCGUGUUGACUCGGAAAUCCUCAUUCAUCCUGCUCAGUCUACUGCUUGGAAGCACUUUGAUGUCGUUCAUCCUUCAUUUGCAUCCGAUCCGCGAAAUGUCCGUCUUGGUCUUGCAACAGAUGGGUUUAACCUGUGGAGUCAUUCUUCGAGGUCAUAUUCCUGUUGGCCUGUUUUCAUUGUUGUUUACAAUCUUCCUCCUGAGAUGUGCAUGCGACCUGAGUUUACAUUCCUUACACUCAUUAUUUCUGGACCAAAAAGUCCAGGAAAAAACAUUGAUGUUUUCCUCCGUCCACUUAUUGAUGACCUGAAACGGUUAUGGUUGUCGGGGGUAGAAACAUUUGACAGCUUCCAUAAACAGAACUUCACAAUGCGAGCCAUGCUUAUGUGGACCAUAACAAAUUUCCCCGGCUAUGGUAUGGUUUCUGGAUGGAGCACGCAUGGUCGUCUGUCUUGUACACAUUGCAUGGAAAUGACUCGUGCUUUUUACUUGCAGCAUGGUCGCAAGAUCUGCUUCUUUGACUGUCAUCGGCAGUUUCUUCCUGCAUCACACUCGUACAGAAUGGAUGCAUCUCAAUUCCUUAAGGGCCAGCUAGAAUUUGGGCCCCCUCCUCCACGAUUAGAUGGUCAUUUCGUUCGACUUCGAGUUGCUGCACUACCUGAUGUUUUAUUUGGAAAUCCAUCAGUAAACCAAACUAUUCCCGGGUUCGGUGAAACACACAAUUGGGUCAAACGGAGUAUUUUCUGGGAACUCUCAUACUGGGGGGAUAACCUGAUCAGACACAAUCUUGAUGUCAUGCACUGUGAGAAGAAUUUUUUUGAUAAAAUCAUACACACAGUCAUGAAUGACUCGUCCUCAAAAGACAAUGUUAAAUCAAGAAUGGACUUACCAUUGUACUGUGAUAGGGAAGAACUACACUUGUACUAUGACAGUUUUGGGCCGCUUUGCAUGCCAAAUGCAAGUUAUGCACUGGACACGGAUAAAAAAAGAUGUCUAUGUACAUGGCUCAAAAAUGUGCGAUUUCCAGAUGGGUUUGCAUCUAAUAUCGCACGUUGUGUGAACUUAGCUGAGCUACGCUUAGUUGGAUUGAAGAGUCACGAUUGCCACAUAUUCAUGCAGCGCCUCAUUCCAAUUGCUUUCUGUGGCUUGAUGUCUGGUGGGCCCAUCAACUCCGCGCAUAGUCGCAGCACAUCAGGGAGACGAGGACGUCACAACUCUGUAGAUCUUGCAUGUGACGUUACCCCAGUAUUGGACGUGGGCCAUACUCGGUCUAUUAGUCCACAAGGUUCCAUUCAUGCAGCAGCCUCAUCCCAUAAUGAGAAGCAGAAGGGAAGAGGUCCGAACAAACCAAAAAGGGCUGCAAGAAGAGCAGAUGAAAGACCAUUUAUACAAAUUUCGCAUAAAGGCACCUUCUUGGAUGUUGAAGUCCCCAGAUUGAUUACGACCCUAUGGAAGAGGGUUUAUGAUGGUGAUUACUUCACCUAUGACUUGUUCCCAGAACAGAAAAGGCUGCAAGUGUGGGAGUUGUUUAAGACACAUUAUCAAUGGGGUUUAGAGGAUGAGGAUGCAGUCCGAAAGGCGUUCUUAAGAUCAAUGAAGGAAGGAUGGGGCGAUAAUAUGAAGGAUGAACGGGAUAAGUGGCGUGCAAACGGUGAGUAUAGGCCGGUAUGGGUGCCUGAGCACCUAUGGCCUACAUUAUGCGCUUAUUGGAAUUCUGCUGAGUUUCACAAUCUUAGCGAGAGAGGGAAGAAAAACCGAGCAUCUGGGGAACGAGUUACACACACUACAAGAUCAGUAAGUUUUGAUGUACAUGAAGAACGGAUGGUAAACCAAAGCUGCUGGGGGGGUAAGGCCAGCACACCAAGAGCUAUACAAAGGAAACACAUACUUUACGAAAAGGUGUCUCCCAAGGACAAGAAGCUCCAUGGUGUGGCGACAAACAUAAGACUCGGCAUGAUACAUACGUCAAUGAGUGCUCUGCUACAUAUGGCUCGGACUCAGCAUCAUGGCCACCUCGGGACAAUGACGCUUAGGCAACUGCUGUUGGGGGAUGCCACAGCAAUUUCAUGCCAGGAAUUGGUUCACAGGGAGGCAAUGCAAAUGAUGCGAGACGAAAUAGGGCAAGUCAAAGAGCAACGAGAAGCAAUGCAACGGAUGCUGGAAGACAUGGGGAGGAUGCAGGCAUCUCUAUCACAGCAAUUUGCUGCUUUUAGUGCCUACGGGAUGCGCCCGCCUACUGCUACCCCAUCAUUGCCUCACACUGGGCAAGCAUUUCUUCCUGUAGGGACAUCAUUCCCUACUGCUGGGCCAUCGUUUCAUGCUAGUGGGCCAUCAUUUCCUCAUGCAAUGCCAAUGCAAAUGCCAAGAGAACCUGCAUUCCCUAUGGGCCAAAUGGGGAGACAAUCAGGAUCUCCAGGUACAUCUUCAGCCAAUCCCCCACAAGAUGAUUAUGGUUACCAGCCGAGAUUUGAUGCAGAUUACCAAGGUCCAUUUGGGCCGGAAUGAUCAGUGUGCAUGAGAUUGCGAACACAAAACUUGGCAUGUUCUUGAUACUUGAGGAAAAUACUUUUAGUUUCUGGGUUUGUGAUUUGAACUUGUUAGGACGUGUGUAUAUGUCAGUUGGAAUUGAAUGGUUUGUGGUAAUAUUAACUGUAUUAUUAUGACUUGCAAGUUUAGAAUAUGUAAAUAGUCAUAUUAAAUGUUGCACGUGGUA